AUGAGCUGCUCGGCGAUCCGGCAGCUGGCCCUGCAACGUGGGGCAUCGGCUCAACGCGCUUUAACGCGGGUCGGAGUGAGUACCUUGAUCACUGGAAGUCGUUUGCCUCGUACUCUCGACACCGCGACAUCACGAUAUGCUCUGGGUCUAGUAAAGUCUUCAGCUCUGCCGGGCAUCCAGUCCCGGCGGCUGCUGAGCACCACAUCGCGGAGGCGUAAUGCUGCCGAAGAUGAAGAGGAGACGGGCAGCUACAGCGAAGCCGCCAAUGAGCAUGCCGUCAUCUCAACCUUUGACCUCUUCUCCAUCGGCAUUGGCCCGUCAUCUUCUCACACUGUCGGCCCAAUGCGUGCCGGAAAUAUCUUUGUCGCUGAUCUGGCAGAGGCAAAUCUUUUGCACAAGGUCCACAAAAUCAGAGUCUCCAUCUACGGGAGUCUAGCCCUCACAGGCGAGGGCCACAUGACACCUUCCGCCCUCUUACUCGGCCUGGAGAGCGCAGACGUUGAGACAGUCGAUACUGCGUACGUUCCGGAGAGGUUUACCGAAAUCAAAAACACAAAGAAGCUUUACCUGGGCCAUGGGCUGCCUGAGGGGAAGGGCAAGGAGGUUGCCUUCGACUACGAGCGUGAUUUCGUCUGGGAAUGGGGACGGAAACUACCAAUGCACAGCAAUGGCAUGCGCUUCACCGUUUUUGACGAAGAAGGCUACGUACUCGCUACCAACGACAUGUUUAGCGUCGGUGGUGGCUUCGUCGUGAACGGCGCCUUAUCUAUCAACCCUGAUGUCUCGUCGUCAUCGUCGUCCGUCACCCAAGUGGAAGCCCCCGACUCACAAUCAGAUGAAAAUACAGGGAGACAUCCGGUCGACUUGGCAGAGAACAUGUUCUACAAAGAAAUUCGACGAUCUGACGCUGCUGGAGACCGCCGGACUGGCGCUGAAGUCAAGCCCCUCCAGGACUCCUCAGACGACACUAAACUUCUGGAAAACUCACAAGCGGGCCUUUCCCCUGUCGCAUCCCAAACUAACGGCGUUGAUGUCUCGGAGAAUGCUCAAAAGGAGAAUGAGGGUGGUGACAAGGGCCCUCGGUACCCGUUCCGAGACGCGGCAAGCUUGCUGUCGCUGUGCCGAAAGCACAAUCUCACCAUAGCUCAGCUUGUCUACGAAAACGAAAAGAGCCAUGGCUACACGGACGACGAGAUUUACCACAAGCUUUUCAAGAUUUGGCAGGUCAUGGACACCAGCAUCCUGGAAAGUGUGCAAGCGCCAUUGGACACCAAGCUCCCGGGAUCCCUCAAGCUCCACCGGAGAGCACCCGCACUAUAUCGGAGGCUGACCCGAGGGUUGUAUUCAACGGCUGGGCAUGCAUCAAACGGCGCCGCCUCAAAGAGCACCACUGAGAACGCCCAGCUCAUCGGAUCAGCAGGGUUGGCAGCGACGUUGUCCCCUGCAACAGUCAAUAAGAACAAGACAAGUCUCGGUCUCGGCCCGGGCCGACGAACUCCGCCAAGGGUACUCGGCUCCCUCGACCACCCCAUCACCCCGUCUCCGUCUCGCCGCACCACGUUCCCCACGAUGGACUAUCUCACAGUUUACGCCAUCGCGGUCAACGAGACCAAUGCCGCAGGCGGGCGCAUCGUAACGGCACCCACUAACGGCGCCGCCGGUAUCAUCCCCGCUGUGCUCAAGUACACCAUCGAAUUCAUCAGCGAUGAUCCAGAGCGUGACAUCCCGACCUUCCUUCUCACAGCCGCCGCCAUCGGCAUGCUCUACAAGCGUGGCGCAACCAUCUCUGCAGCAGAGGGCGGCUGCAUGGCUGAGGUCGGUGUGGCCUGCUCUAUGGCGGCUGGUGCUUUUGCGGCGUGCAUGGGGGCCAGCCCUGAGGCGAUUGAGCAGGCCGCGGAGAUCGGCAUCGAGCACAACCUCGGCCUUACGUGCGACCCGAUUGGCGGCCUCGUGCAGGCGCCGUGUAUCGAGCGCAACGCUCUGGGUGCCAUCAAGGCCAUCUCCAGCGCUAACUUGGCCCUGAGCAGCGAGACGGGCACGCAGAAGGUGCGGUUGGACGACGCAAUCCGGGCGAUGCGUCUGACGGCCAAGGGAAUGAGGAAUGAGUUCAAGGAGACGAGUCUGAGUGGCCUGGCAACAAGUGUGCCUUUUAACAUCCCAGUCAGUGUUCCUGACUGCUGA